AUUAUAAUUAGAUUCCCAUGUCCCCAAAUUGAUUCAAUCUCACUUGUUAGGGUUUUCAACUUCUAGAGAGAGAGAGAGAAGAAACAGAGAGAGAAGCUUCUUCAAUGGCGUCUAGGGUUAGUCUGAAGGUGAAGGGGAAAUCGAGCAAGGGGUCGAAGGAGGAGGAGAAAUCGACGGCGCAGCUUGUGAAGGAGUGGACGACAUGGGCGGCGAAGAAGGCCAAGGUCAUUACUCACUACGGCUUCAUCCCUCUCGUCAUCAUCAUCGGCAUGAACUCCGAUCCCAAGCCCCAUCUCUCUCAGCUCCUCAGCCCCGUCUGAUAUCUCUUAUCAUCCGUCGAUUUCACAUAACAUCGGCUUAGGGUUCUCUCUUGUUCUACCUAAUACUAGGGUUGCUUUCUUAAUUAGUAUCUGGUUUGAUAUUUAUGUGAUUCUGGGAUGUUGAGAAGUGGGUUUCAGUGAUAAAUUUUGUGUCUUAUUUCAUGUUUUUGACGAAUCGAAUUGAAAUCGAAAUCGUAUGGUUUUUCUAGGGUUUCUCUUCUUC